AUGGCAUCCUCCAAUUCCCCCACAAUCCUUCUCGUAGGAACAUGCGACACCAAACUUCCAGAACUCCUCUACACAAAAGAGCAGAUCGAAUCGGAGUCUAGCGCCACAGUACUUGUAAUGGACGUCAGUCGCAACUCAACCACACACAAAGACAUCGCCAUAACUCAACACGACCUGAUUUCCCAAUCGGAGUCGAUUCCAGACCUAUCGUCACUUUCACGCGCCGAGUACAUCGCCACCCUCAUCCCGCACGCCACAACCAAAGUAGUUUCACUACACAAAGCCAAGAUAAUCCAUGGAAUCCUUUCCAUCGGUGGUUCUUGUGGGACAUCGCUCGCAACCGCAGUAAUGCGUGAUGCGCUGCCUAUCGGAUUCCCCAAACUAAUGGUCUCGACCAUGGCAUCCGGAGACGUGGCGCCGUACAUCGGCGAAACCGAUAUUAGCAUGAUGUACAGCGUAGUGGACAUUGCCGGACGGAACCGCCUGCUGGAGAGCGUUCUUGAUAAUGCCGCUGGGGGAAUCCUGGGGAUGGCGAGUUCAUAUAUGAGAAGAUCUUUGCGGAUGGGUCCAAGUACAUCUACGGGGGUGCGGAUUGGUAUAUCCAUGUUUGGCGUGACGACACCCGCAGUUUCGCGGGCGCGGGAACAUCUCGAGAUUGCGCUGCCUGGGUGCGAGGUUUAUGUCUUUCAUGCAACCGGGUCUGGCGGCAAAGCUAUGGAGCGGCUUAUUCGUGAGGAACAGCUUGAUGCGGUGCUUGAUUUGACAACAACGGAGGUUGCGGAUGAAGUCGUCGGCGGGGUUCUUAGCGCUGGACGUGAACGGUUGACGGCAGCGACGACACGAAACAUUCCUCGGGUCGUGAGUGUUGGCGCGUGUGAUAUAGUCAACUUUGGAGCCUCCGAGAGUGUUCCUAUUGCCUUUCAGGAUGGGAAGAGGUUAUUGCAUGAGCAUAAUGCGACCGUUACGCUGAUGCGAACUACUGAAAGCGAAUGUGCGGAGAUUGCGACGUUUAUCGCCAGGAAUCUCUUGCUUCUUUCAGGCGACAGAGGAGAACCAGCGCGGACGAAGGUAAUCCUACCCGUUGGUGGAGUGAGCAUGCUUGAUAUUCCUGGCCAACCAUUCCAGGACCCAGAGGCAGACGAGGCAUUGUUCUCAACGUUGGAAAGGGAAUUGGAGGGCAGUGGGAUAUCUGUCGUGCGAGAUACGCGUGAAAUCAACGAUCCUGGCUUUGCAGUAGCGGUCGCAGAUGAGUUAGUCCGGUUGAUCCACGGAGAAUAA